AUGUCCAACAACAAGAUCAGCUCCUGGGCCGAGGUGGAGCGCCUCGCCGCCUGCUCGAACAUGCGCGACCUGCUGCUCAAGGGCAACCCGCUCUGCGACGCUUGCGCUGAGGCGGGCGACUGGCGCAUCCAGGUCGUGAAGCGACUGCCUGGACUCAAGACGCUCGACGGGGUCAUCAUUGACGACGAGGAGAGGGAACGUGCAAAGGAGCUAUGA